CGUGGAGUGGAGGACGUGGUGGUUCCAUUGCUUAAUUUUUAAUGGCUUACAAACUUAUACAAGUUGAAGAAAAGAGCAAAGUUCAUAUACAUCUUGUGGAUCUUGUGUUAAAUAUAAUAUGGUGGAACCUGGAUGGAUCACUUGCAUGACAAAUGAUUGUGAGAGAGAGAGGGCUAAAUAUGUGUUCAUUUAAUAUUACACUACUCACUCACUCAUCGUCAUUUUCUCAAUUUAAUUUAAUCCAUGAAGGCUGCUGGGGAUACGUUGUAUUCUAAUUCAAUAGUAAGAAAGAAGAAGUCUGAAUGUAUAAAUAUUGAGUUCAUUCCACCACCGUCAAUAAUUAUGUGAUGAACAAGCUUAAAAUAAUUUUUUUAAUAUAAUAAGAGUUUUUUUUGCACUUUGUUGCAAUGGAUAAUACAAAUAUGAGGAUUUUUACUUUCUACAAAUUGGUCCUGGCAGGAGGGUUACUUUUAGUCUUGAUAAGUAUCAUCGGUCGGGCAACAGCGUACAAACCGGUGGUCAUUUUUCAUGGCAUGUUUGAUCACAAAAACAGCCUUUUCCCCUUGCGGGAUAGGAUAAUCCAGAAACAUAAAGGGACGAAUGUUACCGUGAUUAACAAACUGCAUCGAUGGAGGAGCAUGAUGCCGAUGCCGUUUCAAGUGGCAACUUUCCAGGAGACGAUCCGUGGCAUCAUUAAGGACAAUCCGGGUGGGAUACAUUUAAUCGGAUAUUCGCAAGGUGGACUGAUUGCUCGGGCUGUGCUAGAAUCCAUGCCGGAUCACAAUGUGGACACUUUCAUAUCUUUGAGUGCACCCCAAGGAGGUCAAUACGGAGACCAAUUCCUCAAAUUGUACUUUCCCACCUAUGUGAAAGAGCAUGCAUGGAAAAUCUUUUAUCGGGAAUCUGGACAACACAUUUCCAUCGGAAAUUACUGGAGAGAUCCGAACCAUUUGCAGGAAUAUUACAACCACUCCACCUUCCUUCCUCUAAUUGAUAACGAAAUUACCUCCAAAAAAUCGAAACAAUACAAAAACAACUUUCUGCGGACGAGGAAACUGGUUUUAAUUGGAGGACCAGAUGAUGGUCUUAUUUCACCCUGGGAGUCAAGUCAAUUUGGAUGUUACAAAACUGAAGAUGAAGUCAUGCCCAUGGAAGAACGAGACGUGUACAUGAAUGACCUUUUCGGACUUAAAACACUGGACGAAGCCAACAAAAUAAUCAAGCUCACUGUACCCGGAGUGCACCAUUUGGAAUGGCACAAGACCCUCAAAGUUAUCGAUAACUACAUUUUACCAUUUUUGGACUGACAUUUGAAACAAUAAUGUUAAGUACUUUUCCCUCUUGUACAAACUUAUUUAAAAUUUAAUAAAAUGUUACAGACGUUUAGAAAAAUUGGGGAUAAAAUAA